UGGGACGGGCUUAAGUCAGAUAACCAAGGAUCGACCCAGGAAUCAAACUCGUGUCUUUCAGUGUUGUGAGGAAUACCGUUGUGCCAAAUCAAAAAUGAACAAACUUACCAUCGUCCUUUUUCUGGUCGUGUGCAGCUGCGCAUGCGCAGUGCUCGGUACGGGGAUGUACGGGAUCUCUCCGGUGGGGUACGGAAUGGGGUACGGAGGAGUGUCGGUAGGAUCCGGGAUGUUCGGUGCUUCCGGUGCAGCAGGGUUCGGGGGACUGUUCCAGACCCUGAUUCAAUUAUUCGUGUUUGUGUUCAUUAUCAACCUGCUCUUCUCGAACGGAGGCGGUCUGUUGGGAGGACAGAACGGAGGCGGUCUGUUGGGAGGACAGAACGGAGGCGGUCUGUUUGGAGGACAGAAGACACGGGCCGAUUCUUACUAAACAACGUACCUUCUCAACAACCAUCGAUAAUCACUAAAUCCUGUCGGGUGCAGACAACCUAGAAAAGAAUUUUAAAAAGAAACA